CGCCGCGCAUCUCAACCACCAUCGACCAAACCCCCUCCGCAACUGCGCCGUUGUCGCAUACUACGUCGCCAUGAUGAACCAAGGUCAAAUGGCGCAGGACCCUAGCGCACUAGUCCCCAACAACCUCCUUCCCCACGUGCAUCUGGUCUCCUCCUACAAGUUCCCGAACUUUCCGCAACUACACCAUGCGCAAGCCCUCGAGUACCUCAUCAGAGGCCCCCAGAUCGUCAACGAUACUUCACCCGUUGCCUGGACCUAUUUCCAAGUUCCGCCGCCAAGGGGUACUGUUCUCUUGACAUGGCAACCGCCUCGCAUGCAGACGCAGUAUGCAUCCGAUGGCAUAGUAUGGGCAGAUCCUGAGAUGAGCUAUAAUACGGAACUGCGAGGCUAUACCCUUCAAAUCCUCAUCCACCAAAGCGGUUUCCAGUAUCCGAAUGAGCCUACUACUACCCACUCUCGAUUACGUUUCCGGAUUGUUAAAGGACCAGGAAUGAUAGAUCCCAACCUCUGGAUAGUCCACUACGGCACCGCCGAUAGCGGUCACAGGAUGCCCUCUAGUGUUAUACAGAUGACACCCGAAGUUCACAUGAAGAUGGCACAUCGCGGACAGCUUGAUAGGGCAGGACAGUUGUUGCGCAAGGAAUUCAUGCUAAAGGACCGGCCCAAUUGGCCUAAGGUGGAAUUCGGACAGCAGCAAAGACCAGCACAGCCGGCAGCUUUCUAUAAUCCAAUGAACCAGCAAAUGGGAAUGCGAGUUAAUCCGCCGGGCCCGCCACCUUCUAAACGACCGCGCGUGACACCACUUGACCGCACCCCACAGCAGAUCCGACCGACGAUACCGGAUCCCCUUGAAGAUGAAGAAAAUGCGGCACAGGAUUCAUUUGACUUUCUGACUCCCCGUCAAAUAAGCAGCAUGAGGUAUAGGCAGCACCAUGUGUGGAUGGAGGAAAUCUUUUCAUCGCCUUACGGCACAGCGCAAAUUUUCCCUGUUGACCUUGGAUUGGGUCUGAUGGGUGAAUUGGCUCCGCUGACCAGCGGAAUCCUGGACGCUCCUGCGGCGUUAACUGCACCGGUCGGCUCGGACGCUUAUGCGGUUAAGAGUUAUCAACAACUUGCCCCUGAGAAGCUGGCAGACUUCGAGAAGCGCGUAGCGGACUAUAUGGCGAAAGAGGAGGCUGCGUUGGAGCAAAUGAAAGCUGUUCAUGCGAAGAAGAUGGCUGACUUAAAGCGAUCACGAACGUACAUUAGAGCUGAACGUCGGUUGUCAGCUGUCCCAGACUUGUCACGCUCUCGUGACGGCGCAAAGGAUAAAGAUGUCAUGUCUCCAAUCGAUCCUUCUGACGGAGUGGUGCACGAGCUAGAAAAAUCACUCGGAGUUACAUUCGACACGAAGAAGCACGUGGUCUGUGUGGAUAAAGGGGGCUUCAUUGAAGAGCAGCAACCACCACGUCCCCCACCUCAACAGGUUAACGGCAAUGGAGCGACUCAAGCUAAUUCCGUUACCGGAGACGGAGCGUUGAACGGCUUAAUUGACGAGGGUGCAUUGGAUGCUGAUAACAGUGCAGCAAGCCUUCUAGAUCAAUACGGCUCGAACUCUAUGGCUGGAACUCCCGGGGCCAGCCUAUCCGUACCACAUAUCUCUCAACCUCAGAGCCAAGCCCAAUCCGCUGUAGCUACUCCCAUUGUUACUAUGGCCGACUCCAUCCAGGGUACUUCUUUCGAAGAGCAAGCCAACAUUGAUACCAUUAGUGGUACCAACGACUUGGUAGACCUCGACGUGGAAAUGUCAGGCAUGACCAACGUAGAAGAGAAAGGCGGGGAAGGGGACUGGGUCAUGGUUAAUCAGACCAUGGAAAGCGGGCAGCAGACCGGCAGUAAUGACCAACCCACCAUCAGCGUUGGAGGCUCAGCAGAAUUGGCCGAUCAGAACACGUUGCCAACAUCCGGUGGAGACUCAGAACCCACGACAGGCAUAUUCGACGCUGCCGACUUUGGAAGCUUCGACAAUCUAGACACUGCCGGGGAUGCGUUGGCAGCCUACACGAAUGCCGAUGAUGAGAUGGGACUCGACCUAGUGGAUGAUUCAGCUUUCGGUGAUGCCUUCCACGGGACCGAGACGCAUCACGGUGAGACUGUGGAUGGAGAUAACGCGUGAGCAUUAAUUUGACGAAGAUUGCUUCGUGACACAAGUGUGUAUUGGACCCAUUCCCAUUAUCUGCAAGCGUGGUGUCUCGAGCGAUGGGUAGGCCCUUGCCGUCGAAUAUAUGGGACUUGAUAUAUAGAUCGCUGGCCUGGAAGCUCAGAGAAUGAGCAUAUUGUUUCCGGAAACUUCGGUUUGGAGUCUGGGUUUUCAGCUUCCUGCCUUGUGGUUGUAGCGACCCGUGCGUCAAUGAAAACCAGGCAUCAAAGGCUGGCUGGGAUAGUGGGGUUGUUAACUUCAGUAGUCAUAUUAUCACCCUCUUGUACUCUUU